GCCUCCGUGCUGUGGGAGGGAGGCCUCGUGCCAGCCGGCCGGCCGGCGCCCCUCGGCUACCCCCGGUGCCGCAGCGCUCUCCUGAAACGCACUGUGUGCAAGAUGGACUGGCUGCUGACUUCAGAGCAUUAACGAAGACUCUCUAUGAUUUGAAUAAAGCUCUGGGAAGUAAUAUAGUUCGUGGGGGUCCUCUGAAAGAGCUAGUGAUAGAAGAUUUUGAUGAAGAACAGAUUUGGCAACAACUAGAGCUCCAGAACAAUGCAGUUCUUGAUUUCUUCAAGAAAUCCAUUGCAAGGGAUGCCAAGGAUGAAGGUCUUUGCCUUCUCUCAGAUCAGGAAGAGGGUGGCUCUGAUACAGAGACCAGCAGUGACAAGGAAUUGGAAGACAACGUAAUGGAAGCAGAAACUGAACAGAAGAAUGUUUAUAUGAAAGACAAAACUAAAGAAAAGCAAAGUAAACUCAGAGAAAGCAUAAUGCAGAAAUACAGUGAUGAGGAUUCUGAUAUUGACUUUGAUAUUGAAGCACUGGAGCAACAAACUAAAACAGCCAAGGAAACCAGAUCCAAAAAAAUGGAAAGAAAAUCUAUAGUGGACGACAAGUUUUUCAAGCUGGCUGAGAUGGAAGCUUUUUUAGAACAAGCAGAGCAGGAAAAGAGGGAGGAGGAAGAAGAUAUUAAUUAUUUUGAAGACAUCGUAUCAGAUGAUGAGGAAGAAGAGCCUGAAGAAGCUAAAGCCAAACCAAUUAAAAGUUCUAGAAACUUGAAAUACAAAGACUUCUUUGAUCCAGUCGAUGACAAUGAUGAUUUAGUAGCUGAUGAUGUUGAAGAUGAUCAGGAAGAGGAAGCAGACAGUGCUAUUGAAGAGCAGAAUGAAGAAAGCAUGUCUGAGGUUGAGGAUAUGAAUGAAAUGAUGAUGGAGAGUAUGAGAAGUAAAGAAGCGUCUAAAAAAGUUACUUUCAGUUUGCCAGAUGACAGUGAAACAGAAGAGGUUACUGAUAUGCAAUUAGAGAAGGGCAUCGAUCACAGUGAAAUAAAGUCUUCUUUUCAGAAGAGACAGGAAAAGAUGAGCAAAAAAAUAAAAAGUUUAGAGGAAGAGUUGCUAGAGGAGAAACCGUGGCAGCUUAAAGGAGAAGUGACUGGGCAGAAACGACCUGAGAACAGCCUCUUGGAGGAAACAGUACUUUUUGACCAUGCAGUCCGAAUGGCACCUGUGAUCACAGAAGAAACUACUUUUCAGCUUGAAGAUGUCAUUAAACAGAGAAUAUUGGAUGAGGCAUGGGAUGAUGUAGUACCAAAAGAAAAACCAAAGGAGGAGGCUUUUGAGUACAAGAAACGUAUCACUUUGGAUCAUGAAAAGAGUAAACUGAGUCUUGCUGAGAUAUAUGAACAAGAAUACAUGAAACUUCACCAGCAAAAGAUUGAAGAGGAAGAAAAUCCUGAACACAAAGAAAUUCAAGAAAUGAUGGAUUCACUCUUCCUGAAGCUGGAUGCGCUUUGUAACUUCCACUUCACACCCAAACCA